GAAAGCGUAUUAAACAAAGAAAGGCCAUUAAGAAAAUUCAAUUCAAUCCAACUCCCAAUCUCUUUUUCUUUUCUCUCUUCCCAAACAGAAUCCCACUUUUCUUUCUUUACUGGGUGUUGAAAUUGUGGUUCCUUUUUCCCUUCUGUGAAAGCAAGAGCCCUUCUUUUCAAUGGUGAAAACAGAAGAAAAAAACAGAGCAAACUGAAGAGAGCAUAUAGGUAAUCCAUUGAAUCAGCUCCGUUUUUCGAUAUUUCCUCUUCCAUUUUCUUUUCCAAAGAAAACCCAAUAAGAAUGGCUGAAAAAAAGGAGUCGGCGGCAGCGAUAGGAGGAGGGAAAGAAGCAGAGCUAAAGAAAGAACUGGAAAGCGUAAUGAAGAUGAUACUCGAAGAAGUUGAUUAUGGAAUCGAGAAAAUAAUUGAAGCCAUAAGAAUCUUGACUCGUUUGACUGAAUCGAAGCUGAAGAAACCCGCUGGCCUUGGAUUGGAAUUGGAUGACACGGUUCUCACCGAUGCAUUCACGUGUCCUCUUUCGGGUCAAAUCAUGGCCGAUCCUGUUGUUUUGGCUUCGGGGCAGACUUACGAUAGGCCAUACAUCGAGAGCUGGGUGAAUCAGGGCAACUUGACAUGCCCUCGGUCCAAGCAAGUGCUCUCCUACUCUAUCCUGACCCCUAAUUGUUUGGUUCGAGAAUUGAUUACACGCUGGUGCGGAGUAAGGGGCGUUCCAGUACCGGAAUCCCAUCAGGAUAUCAAUGGAGACGAGAUUGAAGAGACGGACCUUAAUUACUUAUACUCACUGCUUGGAAAGAUGUCUUCUUCUUCCCGUUCUGAUCAAAAGGAAGCCGCGAAAGAGCUUAUGAGACUAACAAAGGCAAACCCGUCGAAUAGGACGGUUUUUUGUCAGAUACCUAAUGCCUUCUCUACAUUGCUUAGACCUCUGUCGGAAAGCAAAGUCGAGUUGCAUCCCGAUCUCCAGGAAGAUUUGAUCAAAACAGUUUUGAACCUUUCUACUGAUGACAACAAUAAGGAAGAUAUGGGUGAAAACCCUAUUGUGAUUCCUCUUCUUAUUGAAUCCAUGAAGUAUGGUACCACUGAAACAAUAAUAACUGCUACGGCUGUUCUCUCCACAUUAUCACAGCUCGAUUCGAACAAGUUGAUUAUUGGAAAGUCAAGGGCUCACGUAACUCUACUCGAACUCCUACACAGAGGGCAUCCAUUGGCGAUGAGGGAAGCGGCCUCGACUAUAUUCAAUCUAUGUAAGGUGUAUGAAAAUAAAACACGGUUUAUUGAAAUAGGUGCGGUGCAAGUGAUCCUGCAUAUUAUCAACGGUCCCAUGCUCGUCGAUGAGCUUCUUGGCAUUCUCGCACUGCUAUCUACACAUCCCAAUGCCAUUGGUCAGCUCAGAGAAGCCCAUACAGUACACUACUUGUUUCAGAUAAUGAGAGGUAGCUACUCCAAACGCACCAAGGAGAAGUGCGUUGUCAUCCUGUUCAGCGUGUGCUCGAAAAAUGAGGCUUCUCUGAGGGAGCUCUGGACCGAAGAAACAACCAAUAGGACUUUAGCUGAACUUGCAGAUACAGGGACUGAAAGGGCUAAAAGGAAGGCCACUGACCUCAUUCUUGAAAUGCGCAGGUCUCUCCCAGUUUUACGAAUAACUAGUACAUAAACUCCAAAGGAAACCAUUUUUUCACAUCUCUGUUUCCCUGAAAUUGUAUACACAGAUUAAAGUUCAUCUACGUGUGACUAAGGGCAAGUUUUGGUCCAAAAACAUUGAAAAUUUAAGCAUCAAUGAAAGCUGUACAUUUUAGCA